UGGCCUUGUUCUCAAUCUGAAUUAAACGUUUCCCCUCCAGGUAUACUAUGAUCAUGUCCGUCAGCUACCUCGCGGUGUGUCAGGUGAGCAGAGUCUUCAUCUAUAACUAUGGGAUCCUCUCAACAGACUUCUCUGGGCCGUUGAUGAUAAUUACCCAGAAAACCACUAUGUUAGCUUUCCAAAUGCAUGAUGGUAUGUGUAAAAAGCGGGAGGACCUCACGUCUGCUCAGAGGCUCCAUGCUGUAGACUCCAAGCCGUCUCUGAUAGAAUACCUGAGCUACAACCUGAACUUCCUCAGUAUCCUGGUGGGACCCUGCAGUCACUAUAAGGACUACAUAGACUUUAUAGAGGGGAGACACGUUCAGAGGAGGCUGAGGAGGCUGUCAGCGUCCAACACUGGACAGAAUGGAUAUGAUAAAGUCCCAGAGCCCUCACCUAUGGCUGCUGUCACACGUAAACUGCUGAUCUGUGCUGUGUGCAUGGUUUUGUUCCUGACCCUCACCAAAGCCUUCCCCGUCACAUAUAACGUUGACAGCCAUUUCGUCAACGAGGCACCUUUCCUAACCAGACUGACGUAUGCCUUCUUGUCUAUACAAGCUGCUAGACCCAAGUUCUACUUCGCAUGGACUUUAGCUGAUGCCAUCAACAACGCAGCAGGUUAUGGUUUUAAAGGUGUGGAUGAAGCUGGACAGGUAUCCUGGGACCUCAUCUCCAACAUCAGCAUCUGGGGGAUUGAGACAGCAACUAGUUUCAAGAAGUUCAUAGAUCACUGGAAUAUUCAGACUGGUGUGUGGCUCAAAACUGUGUGUUACGACCGUGCUCCUCGUUACCCCACAGCCCUGACCUUCAUCCUGUCAGCUCUAUGGCAUGGAGUUUACCCCGGAUACUACUUCACCUUUAUUACUGCUAUACCCAUCACACUGGCAGCGAGAGCUGUCCGUAAGAACGUCCGUCAGUAUUUCCUGUCCUCUUAUCCUGUGAAGCUUGUCUAUGACGUGGUGACCUGGGCCGCUACUCAGCUGUGUAUCUGCUACACCGUCAUGCCCUUCCUACUGCUGGCAGUAGAACCUACCAUGCAGUACUACAGGUCAAUGUACUUCCACAUUCACAUCAUCAGUAUUCUGACUGUGAUUGUACUGAGCCAGAGCCACAAACCAGGAGGCAGCAGUAGCAGCAACAACGGCACCAAGCCUGGACCGUACGAUCCUCAUCCCCAGGCCCAGCCUCAGCUCCAACCCUCCAACAACAACGUGAAAAGAAAGUGAAGUGUCCCUCUGUGUGUGGAGGCAGCCAGAGACCUGAAUGGGCCCACUGGGUCAGACAAAGACGUCUCUGUGGUUCCACAACAAAGAGAGAGCUCAGCGGGGUGUAGUGGGGCUCAGAGGGGCUCAGAGGGGCUGAGGGACUGUGCCUGCUGCCUGGUCUGCCUUGCAACCCUGUACUCCAACAACAUCCAAUACUUCUACUGCCAGGCUCCUACAAGGCCUCUCUCCUGUCCUGCUUGCCAAUUCUCUGUUCUUUUUUUCCAAGUGUGCACUUGUUCACUUCCCUUCAUGGAUCUGAAAGGAAAGGACUGGCAUACGAUCUGCCUCUAGUCCAGCCCAUAAACUCACCAAUACAAGACUUUUAAUUCAAUGUGUGGGAAGCUGGGUACAAGUGAGAAUGUAUACUUCAGGAGAAAUAUCUGAGAAUUGGACGGACGGACGGACGGAAGGAAGGAAGGAAGGAAGGAAGGAAGGAAGGAAGGAAGGAAGGAAGGAGAGAAAAAAAGAGAGCAAGCUAUAGCUCCUGGAAUUAGAAGUGGCUGGCCUAUUUCUUUACAUCUUAGGUCACUAGAUGUAGAUAUCAUGUCAAACAUGUUCAUAGCCUUACGGGUUAGUAAGAUAUUAAUGGUGUCUGUUUAUUGUCGUAUGAGUGCAGAAAACAAUAUCCCUCAGGAUGGCAGGUAGCCUCGAGGUUAGAGUGUUGGGCCAGUAACCGAGAUGAAAAAUAUGCCGCUGUGCCCUUGAGCAAGGCAUCUUUAAACCUGUUUGCUCCAGGGGCUCUCCUCACACAAUCCUUUCUAAAGACACGUCCCAAAUGGCACCCUAUUCCCUUUAUCGUCCAGAUGGGCCCUGGUCUAAAGUAGUGCCCUGGUCUAGAUGGACCCUGGUCUAAAGUAGUGCCCUGGUAGAGAUGGGCCCUAGUCCAGAUGGGCCCUGGUCUAGAUGGGCCCUGGUCUAAAGUAGUGCCCUGGUUCAGAUGGGCCCUGGUCUAAAGUAGUGCCCUGGUUCAGAUGGGCCCUGGUCCAGAUGGGCCCUGGUCUAAAGUAGUGCCCUGGUCUAAAGUAGUGCCCUGGUUCAGAUGGGCCCUGGUCUAAAGUAGUGCCCUGGUCUAAAGUAGUGCCCUGGUUCAGAUGGGCCCUGGUAGAGAUGGGCCCUGGUCUAAAGUAGUGCCCUGGUCCAGAUGGGCCCUGGUCUAAAGUAGUGCCCUGGUCUAAAGUAGUGCCCUGGUUCAGAUGGGCCCUGGUCUAAAGUAGUGCCCUGGUCCAGAUGGGCCCUGGUCUAAAGUAGUGCCCUGGUCUAAAGUAGUGCCCUGGUUCAGAUGGGCCCUGGUCUAAAGUAGUGCCCUGGUCCAGAUGGGCCCUGGUCUAAAGUAGUGCCCUGGUCCAGAUGGGCCCUGGUAGAGAUGGGCCCUGGUCCAGAUGGGCCCUGGUCUAAAGUAGUGCCCUGGUAUAGAUGGGCCCUGGUCCAGAUGGGCCCUGGUCCAAAGUAGUGCCCUGGUCUAAAGUAGCGCCCUGGUCCAGAUCGGGGGGCCCUGGUAGAGAUGGGCCCUGGUCUAAAGUAGUGCCCUGGUCCAGAUGGGCCCUGGUCUAAAGUAGUGCCCUGGUCCAGAUGGGCCCUGGUCUAAAGUAGUGCCCUGGUCCAGAUGGGCCCUGGUCCAGAUGGGCCCUGGUCUAAAGUAGUGCCCUGGUCUAAAGUAGUGCCCUGGUCCAGAUGGGCCCUGGUCUAAAGUAGUGCCCUGGUCUAAAGUAGUGCCCUGGUCCAGAUGGGCCCUGGUCUAAAGUAGUGCCCUGGUCCAGAUGGGCCCUGGUAGAGAUGGGCCCUGGUCCAGAUGGGCCCUGGUCUAAAGUAGUGCCCUGGUUCAGAUGGGCCCUGGUCUAAAGUAGUGCCCUGGUUCAGAUGGGCCCUGGUCUAAAGUAGUGCCCUGGUCCAGAUGGGCCCUGGUCUAAAGUAGUGCCCUGGUCCAGAUGGGCCCUGGUCUAAAGUAGUGCCCUGGUCCAGAUGGGCCCUGGUCUAAAGUAGUGCCCUGGUCCAGAUGGGCCCUGGUAGAGAUGGGCCCUGGUCCAGAUGGGCCCUGGUCUAAAGUAGUGCCCUGGUCCAGAUGGGCCCUGGUCUAAAGUAGUGCCCUGGUAGAGAUGGGCCCUGGUCUAAAGUAGUGCCCUGGUCUAAUAUGCUAAUAUGAAGAUUGUCUGGACGGACAAACACACCACACCACACACACACACUACACACACACACACACACUACACACUACACACUACACACUACACACCACACUACACACACACCACACACACACUACACACACCACACACACCACACACACCACACACACACACACUACACACACACACUACAGUACUAGUCAAGAUACCAUAAACUGUUUUAGCACCCAGACGGUUUGAAUUUGUCAGUUUUUUUAAUAUAAUUCCACCAAUCAAGUUAUUAACCAAUAUUAAGAGCAACACAAAAUAAAGGAAUGAAAUGACCAA